AUGAAAUCUGGAGGACUUGCACGACUUAUUGACAAGUUUGAUAGUGUCAAUAUAAGGAUGAAAAAAACGGAUUGGAGUUCAGAGGUAUGCUAUGAUGAUAAAGGCAGUGACGUAAAGUCUGAGGACCAUAUCUCACCUGUGGGGCUGACGGACAGCGAUGGAGAGUGCAGCGAGGCACCAAAGCCUGCGGUCCAUCCCUCACCUGUGGGGCCGACGGACAGCGAUGGAGAGCGCGGUGGUACACCAAAGCCUGCGGUCCAUUCCUCACCUGUGGGACCGAUGGACAGCGAUGGAGAGCGCGGCGAUGCACCAAAGCCUGCGGACCAUCCCUCACCUGUGGGGCCGAUGGACAGCGAUGGAGAGCGAGGCGAUGCACCUAAGCCGGCGGACCAUCCCUCAACUGUGGGGCCGACGGACAGCGAUGGAGAGCGCGGCGAUCCACCAAAGCCUGCGGACCAUCCCUCACCUGUGGGGCCUUCGGACAGUGAUGGAGAGCGCGGCGAUGCACCUAAGCCUGCGGACCAUCCCUCACCUGUGUGGCUGACGGACAGCGAUGGAGAGCGCGGCGAUGCACCAAAGCCUGCGGACCAUCCCUCACCUGUGGGGCCGAUGGACAGUGAUGGAGAGCGCGGCGAUGCACCUAAGCCUGCGGACCAUCCCUCACCUGUGGGGCCGACGGACAGUGAUGGAGAGCGCGGCGAUGCACCUAAGCCUGCGGACCAUCCCUCAACUGUGUGGCCGGCGGACAGCGAUGGAGAGCGCGGCGAUCCACCAAAGCCUGCGGACCAUCCCUCACCUGUGGGGCCGACGGACAGCGAUGGAGAGCGCGGCGAUGCACCUAAGCCUGCCGACCAUCCCUCACCUGUGGGGCCGUCGGACAGUGAUGGAGAGCGCGGCGAUGCACCUAAGCCUGCGGACCAUCCCUCACCUGUGUGGCUGACGGACAGCGAUGGAGAGCGCGGCGAUGCACCAAAGCCUGCGUACCAUCCCUCACCUGUGGGGCCGAUGGACAGUGAUGGAGAGCGCGGCGAUGCACCUAAGCCUGCGGACCAUCCCUCACCUGUGUGGCUGACGGACAGCGAUGGAGAGCGCGGCGAUCCACCAAAGCCUGCGGACCAUCCCUCACCUGUGGGGCCGACGGACAGUGAUGGAGAGCGCGGCGAUGCACCUAAGCCUGUGGACCAUCCCUCACCUGUGGGGCCGACGAACAGUGAUGGAGAGCGCGGCGAUGCACCUAAGCCUGCGCACCAUCCCUCACCUGUGUGGCUGAUGGAUAGCGAUGGAGAUCGCGGCGAUGCACCAAAGCCUGCGCACCGUCCCUCACCUGUGUGGCUGACGGAUAGCGAUGCAGAGCGCGGCGAUGCACCAAAGCCUGUGGACCGUCCCUCACCUGUGUGGCUGACGGACAGCGAUGGAGAGCGCGGCAAUGCACCAAAGCCUGUGGACCGUCCCUCACCUGUGUGGCUGACGGACAGCGAUGGAGAGCGCGGCAAUGCACCAAAGCCUGCGGACCGUCCCUCACCUGUGUGGCUGACGGACAGCGAUGGAAAGCGCGGCAAUGCACCAAAUCCUGCGGACCAUCCCUCACCUGUGGGUCAGACAGACAGCGAUGGAGAGCGAGGCAAGGCACCAAAACAACAGCAAAAUCAAAAGAUAACAUACAGAGCAACAAGGCCAGGACCCAAGUGUUUUAAAGUUUACAUUUCUGCACGGAAGUGGAAAAUUAUAAGGCCUUUGCCGGGUAGCAGAAAACUGAAGACUUAUGAAAAAUUUAGGAAACAAAAUCCUUGCUGCACACUUGUUUUCACAUACCAGCAUUUAAAGGUAGCUCGCAGUAGAAAGUAUCGUUGUCCAUUUAUGACAGUGAAGGCAUCAUGUUCCUUUGAAUCUUGCAAUGCACAUUAUGUGUUCCGGAUCACACAAAAACCAUUGAGCAGUGACAAACGAAUUCCAGUUACAGUUACAAGAAUUGGUAAGGUAACUCACUCGAAAGGGGAGGUAGGGUCCCGCCCUGCAAGUUAUCAAAAGAGAGGCAAGAUUGCUAAAGAAGUGUUCAAAGGAGUAAGCAAUGUCUACUACAGAAAUCUCAGAAAAACACCCAUUCCUGAGUUGAUGGCUGGAAACAUCAGUAGGAGUUUAAGUAGAAACAUACUCAAAAUAAUUUCCAGUGAAGUUCGGAAAAGCUGCAGACUGCAUGAUGACGUGAUCCUGGAGCUGAUGUUGACUCAGAAAAUCAUAAGAGACACAGAUCAGUCUUACAAAUUUUGCCCUGGAUAUGUUCAGCAUCUGCAGGUGGACCCGUUUGGUGUUCAUUUAUACACAGAGACAGGACUGGUAAUUUUCAUUCAACACCUCCGAAAAGGAUGUCCUGUUACCCUGCAUUUAGAUGCAACUGGAGGGGUGGUGAGUCGGAUCCCAAGUCAGCCAAAGAGGGUGUUGUAUUACAGCAUCACUCUACCGGGGCAUGGAAAAGACAAUCCUCCUCUUCCCAUCUCUGAAAUGGUAACAAAUGACCACACCAUCCCAAAUGUUUCUUUCUGGUUGCAUCAGACUGUAACAAAGAUACGGAAACUGACAACAUACAACAUACACCAGGUUGAAACCGACUACAGUUGGGCACUCAUCCAGAGUGUCCUGUUGUCAUUCAACAAACAAGACAUACAUAUGUAUCUGAUGGAAUGCUACAAUUUAGUGAAAGGGAAUGACACAAUUACAGACUUCAGUAGGCAAACUGUUCUUCACUUAUGUUCUGCCCAUAUAAUUAAGGCAGUGCAAGGAGCAAUUGGCAAAAAAACUACUGACAAAGGCUUGAAGGAAUUUGCCACUCACUGUGUGGCACAACUGAUUAAUUCCAAAAGUCUUAAGAGGGCAGUAGAAAUUUUCAAAUGCAUGUGCCAUGUGUUCUACACUAAACAAAACACAAAGUGUGUCAACCAGUGUCUGAAACAACUACAUGACCACAUUAGUGGAAUAAUAAUUCCGGAAGACACACUUGAUGUGAAGCCACCAGUGGAUGACUACAUCCCUCCAGAGGCGAAAACAAUACUAGCCAGGUCACCGUUCACCAAAGAAUUUGAUAGUGUACUUGACACUGUCAUGUGUAAUGAAGAUCCAGAAAAAGAAACAGACAUUGGCAACAACAAAUACCAUUGCCCAGGAAUACUGGAUUUUCUCAUGAAAGAUUAUAUGCCAAUUUUCCCACUCUGGUCAGGGCUAAUGCUUGGUGAUUUGACAAGACACAAGGCCAAACAAUCUACAGAUGAUGAUGAAGUACAGAAAACCCAUGAUACAAAUUGUCAUGCAGAAAACUGGUUCUGCAUUGUAAAAGACAAAAUAUUACAGAAAAAACUGCACCAUCGUCCAGCAACAUUCAUACAAAAAAUGUAUGCAUCUUUGCAAGGCCGGUACAGGGAGCACAUUCUGCAACACAACCUUCCUGACAGAAUAUUACAGAAGUGUUUCAGUGUGAAAAAAGGAGGAUUGGAGGACUCUGAAGAGAAAUGGGCCAAGAAGAGCGUGUGUGACCGAAAAGGGAAUAAAACAAAGUACUUUCAUACACCAGAUGUAAUACCUUCUCCAAAAGCAAAAUCAUCAAAACCUUCAGUCGGUCACCCAAAGUCCAGUAAGAAAGGAGAUUAUGUCACAAUUGAGUCCAAAAUUUCACAGGAAGCAAAAGCUUCUGUUCCACAACAGAAGUCUAGGAACACAAAAUCACAUCUUGUCAAACGAGUGUCUAAAACUUCACACGCAUCAGAAGCUAAAACCAAAAACAAAGAAACCGACAAUGUUGAGGUUGUGUCAGACACUUCACAGGCAAGACUAUGUCAACUUUUGGAACUUUCAAGGGCAUGA